CUCACACCCGGUGUGUUAUUUCUGAACUCGCCCCAGCUAUGCAUUAUUCACGGCUGGUGUGCAUUCGGUGUGACGCCCAGGGUGAUUUCGAACGCACUGUUGUAUUUGUGUGUCAGCUUUCAGUGUUGUUUAAACAAAAAAGUUAGGUUAAGAAAAAAUGCGGAAAAUAUUUUGCUUUUGCCUUAUUUGAAUUUUUGUUUUGGAUUAGUGGCUCGAUUUUCUGUGAAUGAAAAAUGUUGGAAGAUAGUUUUCCAGUAUGGCAAAAACUAUAUCAAAUAAUCUCCGGCAGCAACAAGCACCUCAUAGAUGGUGUCCUCGAUCAAGUUAUAGAGAUAUGCAAGAUAAAUUUACCAAAUACUCUAUUAAAUUACAAGGUGUAUACCAGAGAAAGCUACGAAGAAUAUGGGAAAAAAAACCAAUCCCAGUCCGACUUGAGUAAUGAUAUGUUUAAUUGCAUUCAGAAGAUAAGCAGAGAAUUGGAUUUGGACCCUACUUUUGCCUCAAAUGUGCUUGGCAACUACUUUGUAUUUGCUUACUAUGGAAAAAUAGAUGAACUAAAAAGUAUUAUACGUUAUGAAUCCAAUUCUAAACUUCUUGUAGAGCAAGUAUGGAAUUUUUACACUUCUGACCGAAUGUUUAUGUUGAAAACGUUGCGCUUCAUACUGGAGAAAGUUACUGAUAAAAGUUUCAUUCAUUAUAAAGAAUUUAAUAUAUUUUUAAAAGGCAUAGAUUUACAAAAAUUGUGGAAGAAUUUAUUGAAAACAUUCGAAUACCUUAUAAAAGAAAUAACUGCAGAAAAAAGCAAAAUGGUCGAGAAUAGUUUAUUAAUUCAGUGGAUGGGAAGGAAUAAUCGAGAGCAAAUCGAGGUAUUGCUAUUAAUGAUACUUGUAGUAGAUUUAAUAGAUUUAAACGGUGAUGAACUCGAGGACGUGAUAAAAUUGUUUAUGAAGCACGGUUUUGGGAGAUAUCCACUAUUUUAUGGAGGUGCUCCAAGUAGAACUCAAGAUGUUAUUGAUAUUAAAAAUGCUGAAAUUGGAGUGGCUUUAACAAUAAUCCAUAGAUACUGGCAAAAUUCUGAUAAAAUAAUCGUAAAACUUUCCAAAGAAGUUGAAUCUGAUUUACAAAAUAAAACCCACGGUGAUAAUAGUUGCAUUUAUUUCGUUUGGGGAAUUUUUAAAGUUAGUACAUCAAACACUGAUUUGGAUCGCUACAGCAACAUUUUAGACAGGAUUUUGCAUAAAGCUUUCAAAGAUCUGUCUGAGGCUGCUACAUCGAAUAUUUUCCAGAACUGUAAGCCCGGAGAUAUAUUUAUAGAGGCUAUAUAUAGGUUUUUUAUUGCACUGUGUAACAUUGUUGAAGAUCAGCGUCUUAUUUACGAACAAGAAGGGGUUGUGAAAAUAUUAUGUGAACUUUAUAAAAGGCCAUAUUUACAUGCUUUGGAUACAUUAGGAGGAUUUUUCCAAAUAGCUUUUGACAUGUUUCCAUAUAUGUUAAAUAAUUUUUUGAAUAUUGUAGAAGCAGUUAUCUUAUCUGAAGAAUAUUACGCAAAGAUUCUUGCACAACUUCAGAAUUGUCCAACUUAUUGUACAGAAAUGCCAUGGCCAGAUCGUAAUAAUUCUGAUGAAAUGAGGUCCUUAGAAGAAGAAUAUUUACUACCAGGCAGUGAAAAGUUCAUAGUGCCUGCAGGAACUUUAUUAGAGAAAUGCAAUUGCUUUGGAAAAGAUAUGAUAAAGUACCAUUACAGAUAUGAUUUUUUCAAAAUAAUUGAACAAUAUGUAAUAUCUCUGACCUCCUGGGCAUUUAAUAAAGGAGAAUAUAACAAACUCAUAUACAGAAAUGUUAUGCGGGCAAAUAAAUUUUUGAUUUAUCUUGUAAAACAUUACAGAGGCAAUUUUCAACUGGAUACACUAAUAAGGCCUUUGUUACAAAGAUUGGAUUGUGUUCCUACAUAUUAUAGCAAGGGUGGACUUAAAAAUUUCGAUUUUUUCUGUCUAUAUUUCGAAUCGAGAUGUGCCUUGAUAAUACAUCAGAAUGUUGAUUUUUCAGCAGCUUUUCCUAUUUUGAUAAGGAAAAUGUUAUUUCCUGUAAUAAGUGAUUAUAAAUAUGCUAGUACAGACCUGGAGAGGUUUCAAUCUAGUUGUGAUUUUUCACUUUAUGGGUUUUUAAAAGAAGAAGAAGGAUAUAGUGACCAUAAACUGCUUUUGAAUUAUAUCGAAUGUGUAACUUAUAUUUUGGAUAAGCAGAAAAGUUAUGUGAAAGAAUUUUAUGGCGCCGUUUGGUAUUUAUUGCAUGUAGUAUUUCCUUCAUUUAAACUAUGGAAAUAUAAUGAUAAAGAACAUUUCCAACAAAGCAAAAUAUUAAAUGGUUGCCUUCGAGUAUUUAUUAAAAUUCUUCAACAAGAUCCCAACGACCACCAACUUUUGGAACAAAAAGCGUUAUACAAAUUAAUACAUGACUCUUUUUUGAAUGACCCGUACAUAAUCGAGGCUUUUACCAAAGUUUUUGUGAGAGACAAAUAUCUUCCUAGUUUAAUGCAUCAAGAAUCCAAUUGGAUUGCUGGAGAUACUCUAAUUGUUGUGGAUGCAGUUAAAUCAGAGUUUGCUCUUCUGCUGUUGAUUUUCAAGUGCAGAGUAAAGUUACCCAAUGCCAAAUGCGAAAUUGAUAAAAAGGCUCAUAUUUUUGCCAAGACUACUAGCAUAUAUUUUGUCACACCAUACAAUUGCACGCUGGAGUUUUUGGCUGGAAGAUUUUUGGAAAUAUUUGCGAGGAACAGCGAAAUCUCACUUAUGUCGUGCCUUAAUUUGGAUUAUGACCAAAUCCAAACCUUGUUCCUCCAACGAUUAAGAGAUCCAUUGGAAGAUGAAACAGUUAAAGUUACUAUUGUAGAUCUUAUUAGUACCUGCAUUUUUCAUCAACACGGAAUGACGGCUGCUUUUUUCAAUGUGCAAUCUACUAAGAAAUGGUACAAUCCUCAUGCAAAGAUAAUAGAAGGUGAAGCUGUUAGUGAUUUCAUUAUGGAUUAUUUGAGGAACGUUAGAAAGUCCGUGGAAUAUUUGACGAGUCCUCUUCAAGUGGGAAUGUUGAAAUUAAUGGCGAAUCUUUGGCAAUGUCAAAAACAGCAUCUGAUAAAAGAUGUAACCAAAUCCAACGAUUUUUGGAGCCUAAUUGCCUAUCCUUUAUUCACAAAUUUCGAACUAGAUCCAACGGUUUAUGCGUGUAUUUUCAAAAUCCUAAGCAUCCAGUGUGCAGUGUCAAAAAUGACUAAGGACGAUGAGUUCUUUCAAAUUAUUACAAAGUUUUUAUCGGACCAAAAACAGCUUCGAUUAUUUCAACAGUAUAUUUUCAAAAUAUUUUCUAAUCAAGAACUACAGCCACACUAUGUGAACGAAAGAGUACCGUUAAUAAAAUCAUGGACAGAACUUCUUAUUGUUGUGCAAAAACAUACUAAGGAAGCAUAUUUUCCCACCAGUGAAUCCCAGUAUCUGUUUAUUGAACUUGUAUUUGAUGGUAUUUUGAACGAGGUAAUACACAGUAACAUACUUGGCGUCUGGUUGGACUUAACCUUAAUAGUUGUUGAUAUGUUUGGACUGAAAUUCGAACAAAGAGUGGACGAAUUAGCUUGUAAGGUUAUUCAGUAUAUCAAAAUUAUACAGAAAUAUUACAAAGAUUUAUCUUUGAAAGAGAAAAUGAUUGUUUUAACCAUUAUCGUUAAAAACCUUAAAGGAUUAAAAUCAUACUAUGAAACACAUUCAGCAGAACUAUUACAAUUACUUGAAGAACUAGCACCUCUAAUAGACGAUGAGUAUUACAUUUUAGUGGAUGUUGUUUAUGCAAAGCUAAAAGCCAAUGAAGUAACAGCUAAAGAACAACUGGGUCCCUGGAGUUUGAUUAUAGUUUUAACAAACUCACUAUUAACUUUUGAAAAUUGCGAAGACCUUAAGAUAUGGUUUGGAAAUAGGGAAUAUUUAGAUAAAACAAUACACUGCUUAUGUGAACUAUUACGGCACAAAAUCUCUUGGCCAUGUGCAAAAAUGUCAUUACUUAGUUUGAAUUUAUAUAUGGAAUCACCAUUGGCUUUGGAUUUCUUCAAGAUGGAUAUGGUAAAUUGUUUCGAUAAACUUGAACCUGUGGUGAAAUCUUUGCUGUUUCUACCAUUGAAUAAGACAAAUAUUUCGGAUCUUCAAGAAGGCUGGUGUAUAUUCCAUUUAAUAAUAAAAUUUAACAUAUUGUUUGUAAGAAAAUUUCAAAAUCAAGCUCUUAAUACGUGCUAUUCUUUCCUUUCUCUAUAUGAAAGUAUCAUAAAUCAUGUGAUAAAUAUCCCAGAAUACUCAGUGGAUUUAAAAGCUUUAGACUUGUUGAGUCAGCUUUUGAUUUAUUAUCUGGAAAUCCUAACAUACUGGAAAACCGAAUGGUUCAUUACGAGUAAAGGAUCUUUCAAUGUUAUGAUGAAUGGCACAAGGAAGACAAUUAAUGCUUGCAUUAAUCUCUGUUUGAAUCCCAAUCGUAUAAAGUUUUAUCAUUUCGAUAGUUCCUACCAAUCAGUUUCCUUGCAUCGGGAUGAACAAGCUACAAAUCAACUUGUGGUCUCAGUUAUGAACAGGUUGAUAGGUAUCCUCGGCCUAGGAUUAUACUGUCUCUAUCAUCUCAACUCCAAGUUACUCGAUCUAUUCGAUGACUUCCAACCGCUGUUCAUGAAAAUAUUAAUCGAAUGCGACUUCAGUGUACCAAAAUUUGAGCUGCCAAUUUCCUCUGAUCUAACUUACGGAAAGCUUUUCUGUUUGGCCCAUUUUCUUUUCAAAACCAUGCACCAACAGAAAAAACGAACAAGUUCAGAAGCCGACGUUAAGAAAUUUGCUUCUGUUACUGGCGUUGUGGAGUACCAGGACACAAGUGUAUAUAUGUCGAAUCAAAAGUUAGGGUCAUUUUUGAGUUAUAUUUAUGAAUAUUCAGGUCUAACGGAUCCUUGGAUAAAAAAUCUCAAUUCCAACAAUGUAGAAAAAACUUCAGGCACGCUCAUGUUAUUUAUAGCUCAGCAAGUUUUCUUAACUAAAAAAAAUCUAGAACCGGACCAAGUGCGACAGUUCAACAAAACUUUUCAUUCAGAACUACAAUUUUUUAACGACUUUGUUAGAAAACAUACAUCUGAAUUAAUGACAAGAUCUAGUGUUUCUGGGCAUAUGGGGGAUAUGGACUAUUUAGACCGAUAUUUAGUUGACCAGUGGCAGAAGAAUAGUAGAGAGAAAGCCCUAAGUAAUGUCAGCGAGAAUAAUUUUCUGCUACUAAUCUAUUAUUGGUUCACAAAUAUUUGUGAAAUAUAAUAGAUAUUAUAUUAUCAAUAUAUUUUUUUUCAUUUAUUUAGUAUUAGGCUAGGAUAGAAUUAUUGUCUAUUUAUUUUUUACUUUGCUUAAUAUUUAAAUUUUCAAUUAUUAUGAUGCUUUUUGUUUGAUAUUCCUUUCCCAGGUGUUAACAAGAAGGCAGAAUAGUUAAGCAACUCGUUUCUGAAGCUGUUUUGAAUGAGAAAUGUAACUUUGUAUUGUCAGAAUAAAAAAAGACCCAAAUAUGUGAUGAGCUGCGAUGUAUAGAGACUUGAGACUAUAGAGAGAGACUAAUAGGGGCCCAAGGAUGGUUGAAUUUUGAGGCAAACCACACCAUCCUCAUACAUAGUCCCUGGCAUUGAGAUAUUAUUUAAGAUGCGUUGGAUCAUUAUCAAACCCCAGAUAGUAGAGUAUGGCCGAAAGAAAAUCAUGAUACGAUCGGACUCCGACAAAAAAUAUUGCGAACCAAAAAUAACGUAACCAUAUUUAUUAUUUAUUUAUUUCGUUUAUUUAGCAAUAACUAAUCGUGCAACUUACAUAAUAUAUAACAUCACAAAAGUUAUAAUGAGGCUGUAGUGUUAAUUAAAAUACUAACAAUUCAAAAAACAACAAACGAUCUAAAAAUAAGAAAAUUAAAAACAAAGGAGAUAAACCGAAUCAACAUAAAUGACUUUAAAUGAAUGAAAUGAAUUUAAAAUUUAACAUUUUAAAGAACAUUCUGAAGGUAAUAAUAAAAUUUUAAAAAUCUGUAAAAUGUUAAGCCUAUGAAACUCCUAAAAUAUGGUAACCUAUAUAUUCCUUUUUCCCUUCACAAAAUACAAGAUCAAAAGACCACAAAACAAAAAAAUUUCAAAUCAACAAAAACAAUAAAAAUAAUGUUACUUAUUCGUGCCUCACUCUGGGAAAUACCGUAAAAUGGGGUGGAUAGCAACUUCUGGGUGAAAAGAAACGAAACCAGGAAUCUAUUUGAAAAAUUCCCUACUGCAUAACAAAGCCACCCAACCGC